GGAAAUAGAUGCACUUGACUAGAGUUGAGAAGAGCUGUUUGUGGAUUCUGCUAAGGUAUGCGUUAGGACAGUAUCAGCUCGCACUACGUGGUUCUUGCAAAUGUGAGAAACAUUUGGAUUAAAGACAGGGCAGUCUCUGUCAGUCUAUAAAAACAUUUGCUGAUAUUCAUUCUGUAUAAGCAACACUUUGAAUUUCUGAGAGAAAAAACAACUUUAAAAGUUGCACGUAUCUACAGAAUGACAGAGACAGGAACUUACUGUGAUAAAUCUCAAUUACUGCGACGUCACUGUGCCAUUUUAAAAAUCAACAGUUAUCAUUUUAUUUUAAAAUGCCCAACAGAAUUACAGCGGUACACCUUGUUAAGUCACUCAUUUAAUCACUUAUUUAAAUCAACGCUUUAAAGAACUGCGUGGCUUCAGCAAUAAUUUAACUUCAUCUCAAUGUAGCGAGCUAUUGAUUUCAGAUGUUCUUUGGAUGAUGGUCGUUCCCCACAUGAGAUUUCGAACUUACAAAGAUGAAAGUGUUUAUUGAUUAGAAAAUUAUUGGGACAAGAUGUUAACAGCACAGAGGCAAUCGAAUUAAACCCUCAGCCUCUCCGUGAGGAGCUGCUGUGUGUGUGUGGAGGAGCUGCUCUUAAGGUGAGCUGGGUGAGGUACGUAUGGGUGAGGUACAAAAGCUGACAAACUUUUCCUACAGCUUAUAAAAAAGAACACACUGGAUGUUUGUUUUGUUCUUCUAAAGGCCCAGCACGCCCCUGGAUGUGGCACUUACAUUACAGAGAGCACUCUAUAAAAAUAAACUGUAUGUGGAGGAAAGGAGGCAGAGGAAGAAGUCAGACAAGGAUCGGUGCUCCAGUUUUUGGACGUCUGUAGAAAUAUUACUGAAAUGGAAGAGUUUCAGCGUUCAUUGAUGACAGUCGAUAGCUGGACUAUAUGGAGUAACAUGCGUAGCCCUGUGCUGAGUCAGAUGGAAGAUAUUGCUUGAUGAAGUGUGAAAAUGUAAUCAAGGAGGUAUCAAGGAGCUAAAUACUGGUCUGUGUGAUGAUAAAAGGGAGCAAAGAAGCAAAACAGGAGGCCAGAGAUCUCUAAUUCAGGGGAAAAAGAAGUUGAUCUGUUGUUCUCUGUCAAACUCUUCAGAGAUGAAGAUAGAGGGACCGGGAACCUCUACUUUCUCUAGCUUUCUAUCAGCUGAAGAUGCAAGCAGCUGGAGGUGGCACAGGAGUGCAGGAAGAAGAGCAAGUCUGUUGUUGCAGUAGGAGCUGAAUUUCUAUUCGAUGUUCUACACAAAGAACCUCUUUAUCCUGAUGUGGAUUUGGAAGAUGUUCCUCUUGGUGCCACUGGCUUCAAUCUUCUUUCAGCAAGCAACAGGGAAAUAUCAAACUCAUGAAAAACAUGGCAUAUUUCAACUCAGGGCUGUGAGAAGCAAAAUGCUGCACUAUAAAGAAGCCCUGCUGAGAAAAAGCAUCCUAGAGACUCGUUCAGCUAUAUCUUACAAGGGGAAACAAGCAUCUCUACUUCUGUAUUAAACUUUCUGCAUUUGGAGACCUGAAAAUAUGCAGCCAAGAUGAAACUGCUGUGCCUUGAAGUAGAGAACAAAGCAAGGCACAUAAUACUCCAGAGCUUCAAAAUCAGAAGUAAAAUCAUUUGGACAGUUGCCACCUGCCCUCCUAAAUAGGAGGAAAGUGGGAUUAUCGGUGCCUGCCUCAUUUACUUCACCAAAAUGAGAUAGGGCAUGCAGGAGAGAAGGGAUAUUUUUGCAAGUGGAAGCUACAAUGUGGAUGGAUGCCUUCAUGGAAAGGAGAGAGAAAAAUAUGAGGAGCUGAUCACGUUCUAAACUCUUGUAGCAGUUAGUCAGGAAGACUUCCAUGGCAAGCCUUCAGUGGUGACACAUGCUGGGGUGACAUCCUAACAGGCUCUGAUAUCGACAAGAUUUCUCAGGGGACACAAUUUUGCUUAUUCAUACCUUUUACUGUGGCAAAAAUGGAGUAUUUUCCUUACCAAAAACCAGCAGCAUAACGCCUAUCAGACACUUGCCUCAAGGAAAUCUUAUCAAAAGUCUGUUCACAGGGUUUAUUGUGCUGACUGAGGACUUUCCAGCACAUCUUCCCUCAUUGUCUGUUUUUCACUUCUGUGUCUAAUGUAUCAGGCCAUGAAAAGACAUCUCAUCUACAUCUACACAUCUACACUCAUCUACACAGACACUAAGGAGAAUUGUUGGAAGUCAACUAAGUGUGGGAAUUUAAAGAGGAGGGCUUAGAUCCCACCAAGUCUCUGUGUACACUCUUCCAUUCAUUAUUAAAGUGGCCUCCAGUGGAUUUAGUUUAAUUCACUUCAAAGGCAAGAUGAGCUGAGCCAAAUUAACACAUUUUUACUCCCAGAUGAACGUGUUUGCAAAGGAAUGUAAUAGACUUGGACAAAUCUAGUUAAAUUAAUUUGGGCUGAUUUUCCAGAGUUCUGCUAUGUGGACAGAACCUUAGUAGUAAUGUCUGAUGGGAGCGUCUUUGUCUUUCUUCUUCACCUUUUGUUCCUGUAACUGUUUUAUUCUUGAGAAAGAAGGUGGUCUGUAACUAAAUGUUGGCUUCUCAUACUGCUUGUUUAACAUUCUGUAAGUAAUUUAUAAUUAUCCCACUUCAGUGACUAGUGUAGUGCAUGUUACCUCCUAUUAGGUAGGGUAGUUAUUGUCAUUUUGGCUACUUCAGCUAAUGCCUUUUAAUUCAAUAACUACAGGUGUUACCAGGAUGUCAUUUGUCUAGUAUUAAAGCAUUUUUUUAAUCAGACUCUGAAGAAAUGGCUGAUUGCUACUUCAUAUUAGUUUUGACCAUAUGUCACCUCUGUACUGUCACUGUGCAUUGCCUCUUAAUACAGUGAUACGCUAUUCUGGUAGUAGAACUCAGUAAGAUGCAGCUAAUCUGGAUGAAGGUAUAUGUUUGAAUUGAAAUAUCAUAUGAUAAGAAUACAUGAAUAAUGAUACAAAUAAUAUGCUACAUAGUAAUUUUUGAAUACACACAUGCAUAUAUAUAUAUUUAAGCUCUGUACAAAUGCACGUAUACAGUGAAACAGGUAUCAUUUUUUCUACUGCUGGCUACUGAGGAGGAGCUGAGUUGAAUGGGAUGAAUAUAAGAUCAUGCUGAUAGUAAAAAUAUUUACAAGAUAAGCUCUCUUUUAAUUGCCCUUGAAAAUUCUGUAGUAGAAGAACAUAAAUAUUUACUCAGUAGUAUGAUUAUAAAGUGAUCUGUGAGAGCUGUUCAUAGAGGCUCAGUGUUUCAUUUAAGCAGCUUUAUGCAUUGUGUGGAAGAGCUGCUUUGUGUCUAGCUUGCCAUAUGUGAAUUUCUGGUGGAGUGGAGUAGGCUUCUGGUAGGUGGUGUCUGCGGCAGGCAAGUUCUGGCAUUGCUGGAGAGGUUGGGUGGAAGCUUAGGGCCUGCAUUGUGUAGAAACACUGAAAUCGCUGUAGGGAGAGCUGGGAAGUCCUGAGGGAAGGACAACUGUGGGAUAUGUCUUUCUAAAUGGUUUUGUUUGUUGCUUAACAUGAGAGCUUUUGUUACUAAACAGAGCAAGCCUGCAUUUCAAUAUGCAUUGAGACUUUGUCCAUCUAGCUGGAGGCACUUGGUAUAGGGAAAACUGUCUUGAUGACUUCUAAAUGUUCUGAUCUGAAAAAGGCUGCUGUCAGAAGUUCUGUCUGGUUGUUUCUCUUUUUUUACGACCUUGUGCAGUCUUGACAUAUUAAGGUGAACUUAAAGCAAAGCAUAUGCGGGAUUAAAAAAAUAAAAUUCCCCAGGUUUUCAUGAUCUUUUGGCAUUUCAAGUGAGAUUCAGGUACCUGAAUACAGACUUGGUGAGCACGAUAGGUAGGAAUGGGUGAUUUGGGCACCAUACUCGUAGAUGUGUAUUGUCAUUUUGGUAGCUCUGUAUUGUCUGGGUUGCCCACACAGGGCUAGCAAAUAUAAUGCAGAAUUUAGAGCAGCAGGUGUAAUCCAGAAGUUAUGGUAUGAUAUCCUUGGCUUUUGACUGAACUUCAUGUUUAUUUUCCUCCUUUCAAUUACUGGGUGAUUAUAAAUAAAGCUAAAAAAUGGGAGUUACAAGUUUGUACACCUCCCUUUGUAUAACUACAGAUGCUGUUGGGUAACACUUCAGACAAUUUUGCCUUUUAAAUUUUGAGAAUUGCAGUAUGUUUCACACAGCUGUCAUAAGGCAGGAUGGAAUUAUAAAAGAGUUCACUUUUAUCUAGCUUCUGCCUUGAAAUUUCUCUGAAUUUAAGCUCUUCCACUCAGUUAUUUUUUUGUUGCAUGGUGCAUAGCUAAUGGUGGCAACUAUGCUGAAAAAUAGCAUUUUGUAGCUGAGAGUUUUCUCUAUCAAAUAGUGUUGUUGUGCUCUUUGUACCUAUUGUUGUUUCUGUGGAAGUAAGUAGAAGGCAUUACUUGGAAAGCAACCAACAUCCAUAAAUAGUGAUGAUUGAUCUAUUGUAAUCACUGUAGGAGCAUGUUGGUUCAGUAAUACUCAUCUGCAAAUGAGACAAGGUUUGUGACAGUCUGAAUGCCAGAUUCUUACUGACAUACAGAUAUCUCUUGGAAAUCCCAGAUUACAGCAAAUAUCUAUUAAAUAUAAUAAUCAGAUUGGUGGCCUAUUCAAAUUCAAAGGACCAAGAAAAGUAAGUUGUUCUUUCUACAAGCAUUAGAAUUAAUUGUAAAUAUACAAAUAUAUCAAGUAGAGGAAUAACUAAAGGACGUGUUGUGAAUUUUGGAAGAGCCUUCAUGCAGAGGUAUUUACCAUUGACUAUUAUUUAAACAAAAAUAGAUCUUAGAAUGCCAAAGUUUAAAUCUUCAGGAUCAAAUAAACAAGAAACUUACAAAGGAGCAAUCACUCCAACAUGGGACUAACUCAAAAUAAUUAACAUUUUUAGAGAUGUUUAGAGGUUAAAUAAAUCAGUGUGAUCACUUCAGUAAGAGAUUAUCUUAAUAGCUUCUGCUUAACUCACAACAGUGUCCUGAGUGGAAGACCAAAGAAAGUGCUGAGUAGUGGGGUGCCAAAGGAAAAAAAAUAAUGAUCCUGUCACAAGCUGUAUUGCUCCUAUGAGAAAAAGAAUACCACUGUUUUUGAACAGUUGUGGUUACAGCCCGAGUUGCAGACAGCAGGUUAGUUGGGCCCCAGCUGUAGAUUCCAGGUUGAAAUUUGGACUGAAUGCUGGUCAUGAAGGCUGUGGGAGAAUGAAGAUAAUUUCUUGACCAAACCUUUUGUUUGUUCUUUAAAUAAAAUCAACCACCCUCCCCAACUCCAUCAACCCUUUGGUAGGGCAUUUUGGACUUGGAAAAUCUUUCAGAAAUUUGAAGGCAGGUGAUUCAAGUCAGUAGCAGUUGGUCCAAAGCAGCAGAGAUGAUAGGAUUUCAGCAUGUGCUUAAAGAAAAGCACAUGGAUCUGUGGAUGUUCUGUAGGUGUUUUUUUGGUGUGGGUUUCUUUUUCUUCAUAAUUUUUUUUUUACAACAUAACUACAUUGAUUUGUAUAGAUGUGGUUUAAAUGAAUGUGACUGAAUCUACAUUUUCAGUUUUCACCAUAUUGUUACAGUUCUGUAGAACAUUGAAAUUUGAUCAUUCUAUAAUGUUUCCUUAACUCUUGGGAAGUUCUACAUUUUUAUUUAGUGCUUGGUUUCUUGAACCAACAUUUCUAUUAGAAUUUAGUCUAACAUUCUAGCAGUUAUUCCUUGCCAUGUAGAACAUAUUCAUUCUUAAUUUCUUGCAAAAAAUUAAUAGCAAAGUAGUUGGCAGGAAAUGAAACAAGGUAUGUUCUGGAAAUUAAAUUUGACUUGUUGAGUACUGUUUAUAGAUACAGAGAACAGCAAUACCGUUUAUGUCAGCUGUUAGCACCUUGACUUGUUAGCAGUUGCCAUUCACAUUGUGGCAGCAUGGUUUACAAUUUUAGCUCUGUAGUCAUAUACUAAUUUUUAUAUAUAUUAUUCCCGUAAUCAUAGAAAAGAUGUUAUGAAUUCGUAUAGCUAGUGCUUACAUAUCUAACAGAUGAAGGUUAUUUUUUAAAAACUGGACAAAUCGUACGAAUUGCCAACUAAGUUUGUUCAGAUAAUCACGCACCUUUUUAUCGAUAUACUGUAUUAUAUACUCUUUCAAACAUUCAAGAAAAUAAUUUACAGUAUAGUCCAUAUUUUAGUAUAAGCAACCCAUAUGUGUGCACCUACUGCAGAAAUAAGCAAAUUUCUACAUGGGUGACACUUGUGUAUAUGAUUUUCAGAAAUUAUACAGAGGAAGAUGAAAUGGAAACAUGCCUGUAUGUAUGAUUCUCUGAUUUUUUUUUUAAGAACUGUAUCUUGAAUGCAGACCUGACUAUAUCUGUACCGAAGAGUGCAUCUAUACAUUUAUGUACACAUAUAAUAGACAGUGUGUGUGUAUGUAUGUAUACAUGCGUGUACACAGGUGAGCAUGUAGGAAUUCAUGUCCCUGGCUAUUCAGGGAAUGCGGAAACAAAGUAUGAUUGAAAUGUUGAGCUGCAUACAAAAAGUUUAUUGAAACAAAGUCAUUGUGUAUUUAACAAUAUUGAAAUUAACCUAAAUAAAGUGUAGAGUGAAGUUUCAUGUUUGGAGUGAGAUGUUGUUCCUGUAGGCAAACUACAAGAUUUUUCUUAGAAAGAGUGUUUUGAUUGCUGUAAAAAAUGUUAAAAAUUCAGUGUCAUCCCUUUCAGUCGCUCCUGGCAGAACAUUUUCUUUCUUAUUUUUCAAACCAGUCCUGCAUGUUAAUAUUUAAACCCCUUUUACUUGAUUGACAGAUGCUCUCGACAAUUAACUAUUCUUAUGUAUGCAUGCUAUUCCUUCCAGACAACCUAAAGAGCUGAGUUCCUACAUUAACUGUCUUAAGAUGAUAUUCUGCUUCUAGACAAAUCUCCAAUGGAUUGGAUUGUUUAAUUAGUUUUCUGCUUAAUAAUUUUAUGUUGUAUAUGGACAUCUAGCAGAAUGUUACCUAAUGAAAACUGAAACAACUUUAGAAAUGUAAUGGCCACACUUUUUUUAGUAAGCCAGAAACUUUAAGUCUGUGAAAGAGUAAGUAAAUACAUGUUGCGUGCAGAAAAGAAUGAAAAUUUGCACUGCUUCAACCUGAAGAAUUCAGAUGUUUCACUAACGACAAUUAUCUUAUUUGGUGCAUUGGUUCAGUUUAAUGAUGUUGUCAAGAUAGUAGAAUUAUGACAUUCUCCAUCAUUCCCUUUCAUUGCCUCUUGUAUUUGUGCUGUAUGAAUAUGGAAUUAUUUAGGGAAGAAAUUUUGAAUACAGAGUAAAUGAAGCAAGAGGUAUCAUUUGUGCUUUGAGGGUCAAGUAGUUUUUGUCUACAUUCAGUACGAUGUACUGUUCAUGUAUCGUGUGUGUGACACUUGAAAGAGAAACAGCAAGUACGUAGGUUGCUCUGAAUGUAAUGCCUCCUGUUUAUUUCCAAAGAAACUACAACAGGUACAGAGAACACGGUAACGCUAUUUGAUAGAGAAAAUUCUCAGCUACAAAACACUACUUUUCAGCAUAGUUACCACCAUUAGCUGUGCACUUUUGCCAGUGGUGAACAUAAGCCUUCAUGCCACACUCGUAGAAAUCUGCACCACUGGAGGUGACCUGCUGUCACCAUUGCAGAAAUGCAAUGCUCCCUGCCUCAGUGUGCUUGCAUUCACUGGUUGGGCUCCAUAAACGUUCAGCAAGCAUCAGUGAAUGCCAGUGGGUGCCAUUUUUUAAACAGGAAUUCAUUUCCACUCCUUUAGUUUAUCUUCCCUUCCAUGUCAGAUGUCAUUUGGCCAAACUGCCCUCUGCUGCCAUCUGCCCAUGGCAACAGAAUGUAACAGAAUAUUCGUAGGAAGGUUCAACCUCUACUGCCACACCACCAAUAUCCACCUCUGACAUCGUGGACCAACGUAAUGAAACAGGAGACGUUAUUUUUGUUUUAUUCCUCUGUAGCUGUGGUACAAGCAAGAGCCAACCAAUAUCAUCUGUUCACAGUAGGGAAUGUCUGUGUUCAUCCUUACCCUUGGCAAAGUUGCAUCUGAGCCUGUGAGGAAGAGUUAACAGGAAUGAUCUAAUUCAUAUUUGAAGAUGGAUGCCUUCUAGCCAAUCGGCGAGUCCUACUGCUGCCUCAUGUCCGGCAGCAUCUCUGAAUGAUCACAUGACUCUUGAUAUGGAUGCAGUCCUGUCAGACUUUGUUCGGUCCACGGGGGCAGAACCAGGUCUGGCCAGAGACUUACUAGAAGGCAAAAACUGGGACUUGACAGCAGCUUUAAGUGACUAUGAGCAGCUCCGGCAGGUGCACACCGCCAACCUGCCGCAGGUGUUCAAUGAGGGCAAGUACUGCAAGCAGCCCGAGCCCGAGCAGCCCCCUCAGGUGACAAAGGCCGAGCGGCCCUGCCUGCAGCGGCAGGAUGACAUCGCUCAAGAAAAGCGGCUUUCCAGAGGCAUUUCUCAUGCCAGCUCAGCCAUAGUCUCCCUUGCUCGAUCACAUGUAGCAAAUGAAUGCAGCAAUGAACAAUUUCCUUUGGAGAUGCCCAUCUACACAUUCCAGCUACCAGACCUUAGUGUGUACAGUGAAGAUUUCAGAAGCUUCAUUGAACGUGACUUAAUUGAGCAGGCAACGAUGGUUGCUUUGGAACAAGCAGGCCGUUUAAACUGGUGGUCCACGGUGUGUACAAGCUGCAAACGUCUUCUUCCCUUGGCCACAACUGGUGAUGGAAACUGCCUCCUGCAUGCUGCCUCUUUAGGAAUGUGGGGAUUUCAUGACCGGGAUCUGGUUUUACGGAAGGCGCUCUACACUAUGAUGAGAAGUGGAGCUGAACGGGAAGCACUGAAAAGAAGGUGGAGAUGGCAACAGACCCAGCAGAAUAAGGAGUCAGGUUUAGUGUAUACAGAAGAAGAAUGGGAGCGGGAGUGGAAUGAACUGCUUAAGCUGGCAUCAAGUGAGCCUCGCACGCACUUCAGCAAAAAUGGAGGCACUGGUGGUGGGGUUGAUAAUUCAGAAGAUCCAGUGUAUGAGAGCUUAGAAGAGUUCCACGUUUUUGUCUUGGCCCACAUUUUAAGACGACCUAUAGUUGUAGUAGCAGACACAAUGUUACGAGACUCUGGUGGAGAAGCGUUUGCACCUAUACCAUUUGGAGGAAUUUAUUUGCCACUUGAAGUUCUACCUAACAGAUGCCAUUGCUCACCUCUGGUUCUAGCCUAUGAUCAGGCACAUUUCUCUGCUCUUGUUUCCAUGGAACAAAAGGAUCAACAGAGAGAGCAAGCGGUGAUCCCCCUGACUGACUCUGAACACAAGCUACUGCCUUUGCACUUUGCGGUCGAUCCUGGGAAAGACUGGGAGUGGGGAAAAGAUGACAAUGACAACACCAAACUGGCCAAUUUGAUUCUGUCUCUUGAGGCAAAGCUUAAUCUUCUACACAGCUAUAUGAAUGUAACAUGGAUACGCAUACCGUCUGAAACACGGCAGGCCCCUUUGGCUCAACCAGAAUCCCCUACAGCUUCAGCUGGGGAAGACGUUCAGUCUCUGGCUGACUCAAUGGACUCGGACCGAGAUUCCAUCUGUAGUAAUUCCAACGGCAGUAAUGGGAAAAACAGUAAAGAAAAAGAAAAGGACAAACAGAGGAAGGAUAAAGACAAAAACAGGACGGAUUCAGUUGCCAAUAAAAUAGGAAGCCUCAGUAAAACCCUAGGAAUCAAGCUGAAGAAGAAUAUGGGCGGUCUUGGAGGCCUGGUGCAUGGCAAAAUGAGCAGGGCAAAUUCAGGGAAUGGGAAAAAUGGUGACACCAUAGAGAAAGUCAAAGAGAAGAAGUCUAAGUCUCGCAAAGGUAGCAAAGAGGAAUCUGGACAGUCUGCAAGCACUUCUCCAUCUGAAAAGACCACUCCAUCUCCUACUGACAGAGCUAGCAACUCACCCAUUGAAAAGAUGAACACAAAAUCUUUCUCUGAUAAGCAAACUGACCCGUGGAAAUACAGCACUGAUGUGAAACUCAGCCUCAAUAUUUUGAGAGCGGCCAUGCAGGGUGAACGAAAGUUUAUUUUUGCUGGCCUUCUUUUGACCAGCCACAGGCAUCAGUUCCAUGAGGAGAUGAUCGGUUAUUACCUGACCAGUGCACAGGAGCGUUUCAAUGCUGAGCAGGAACAGAAAAGAAAGGAUGCUGAGAAAAAGGCUGCAUUGAAUGGGUCAUCUAGUAGGAAGCUGGAGCCAGAAGCGUAUUCAAAAGAAAAGUUAGAAACAUCUCCUCAGGAUAGGGCAUCACCUGUCUUGCCUCAAAGCCAUACGACUCAACUGGUUUUAAAAUUUAAAGAUCGCACUAGUCCCACUCCUGGGUCAUUUUCUUCACCUAGUAAUGGUGCUAAGAAAAGCGGACCCAUUCCAGUAUCUGCCCACUAUAGCCAUACGCCACCUGUUCAAAGGCAAAGUGUCAUCCAUUUGCAUGAUGUCAACUCCAAGCCAUCGAGCUUCCAAGAUGACACUUACAAGCCAGUGGUUGGCACAUUAAAAACCUGUGCCACGUAUCCCCAACAAAACAGAUCACUGUCUUCUCAGAGCUACAGCCCAGCCCGGAUAACUGGUAUCCGCACAGUGAACACAGUGGAAUCGCUGAGCUAUGCCAUGCCUACUGAACACAAGUCUCAGACAUACACUAAUGGAUUCAACACUGGCGAUAUUAGAGACUGCUUAGAAUAUGCUGAUGAGGAUGCUCCUCAGACCUGGUUGAACAAUGACAAAAAUCAAGGCAGAAGCACAGUUUGCCCAAUAUAUCCCAUCCAGCAAAACCGCUGUAAGAAGGAUAACUGUUCCUUUUAUGGUCGUCCUGAGACUGACAAUUACUGUUCAUACUGCUACAAAGAAGAGCUGAAGCGCAGGGAGAGAGAAAGUAAAGGACACAGGCAUUGAGGAUUCUUCUGUGACUAUAUUUAGUUUUACCAUUUUCUUACUUGCAGAGUAAACAGUGUUGAAUUGCAGUAAAAGGAAUCCUUCAAAAAAGAAUAAAGGAUUGAUGAGUAAAUAGUGUCUAGCUUUUCGCUUUUCCUGGGCAAUGAGGAAAUAAUAGGAUUAAUUUAUCAUAAAAAAAUAUAUUAUUUUCCAUUUUGUCAGUGUCUUUUUUACAUAUUCUGGGUAAGCUGAAGGGUUGUUUACUUCUUUGUCAGUGCUGUGUGUAUGUUUGGUCAAAAAUUUACUAAUGGUGCCUGAAUUUACACUGACAUCACUCAGGUAGUAGUAUGAUAGGGGAAAGUUGUAAUACCGGAGAUGUGGUGUUGUAGUAGGGUAGUAUCUGCCUUGUAAACAUUUGAAAUUCUGUAGCUAUUAUGAGAGUAUUUUUUUCCUCAGCAAGAAUAGAUUUUUCAUAGCUUUUCUUUCUUUCCGGAGGGUAGUGACUUCUGCAUAACGCACACUUCUAACAUGGCAGCAUACUGCAUUAGCACUGAUGUUCAUAUUCACCUUAGUUUGAGAUGGGGUGAUUCUAGGAAACUGGAAGUGAAAGGUCUGAAUUCGUGAGGGCUGUAGGUCUUCCUGAUUUUAAGUUCUCAUCAUUUUUUUGUACGUGUCCAUUAAAAAGUAGAUUCGUGCCAUUUUUACCUGUAUUGAAUUUGUAAACACAUCUUAUAUAAAAACAUUAUGACCUGAAAGACUUCACUUCCUAAGUAAAAAAAAUACAGAGAAAACUCAUAAAACGCAGUAUAGUUUUGGGCACCUGAAUCUCAGUAGUAUUUUCAUUGCUCUUAAAAUUGGAAAAAAUAUAUACAUUAAAAUAUAAAAAUUGUAUUAGAUUUGGAAAAUUUGAUGACCAGCUAGCAAAUGUAGGAUCAGUUUAGAGCCGAAUGAACUGCUUGUCAAAACAAUUGUAUUGCAUCCCCAGAUUGCCUUAGCCAUUAUAUGAAUUUAAUCAUUAUUUGUUUAUUCCUCUUCCAACGCUGUUGACUGAUUGAUAGUUAUUGCAAACAUAAUUACUUCUGAGCAUUUUUGAAGACAUUUGACCCCACCUGUUUUUGAGUCUUCUCCUUCAGCAAGUCAUACAUCUGCCAGGAGGUUUCAAGAUGGCUAUGAAAUGCCUACAGGUACAAAUGCCUUCUCCUAGCACAGAUGCGCACAUGUCUGAUUUCCAGAUAUUUACAUAAGUAUUUGCAAUACCUCUGAAAGUAAAGCUGUGUUCAUAGAAAUGGUUCUGUAACGCAAAUACCAGAAAUACUGUUCAAGUAGAUGCUUGAAAUUAGCACCUUUUCUUGAAUAUAGUAUAUGCAUUUUUUAUACCAUUCCACGGCCUAUUGGCAUAAUCUAACAAGAGUAGACCUUUACUGUGGGUACGCUUGUGAGCAAUGGUUCAUCAGCCAUGUCCCUACAUUUUUUUAAGCUCGUUUUUUCCACAAAGAAGUACAGCAUAGCAUUGCCUUCAAGAAUGCUUGCUCUGCCAUCUCGAGGUGCAGGACAUAAGUUCUGCCUUAUGCAUUACAAAAUAGCAUUUUUCUGGCCUGCACAAAACAGGUUGUUUCCCAGGGAUCAUUGUUUCUGCUUCUUUUCUGUUGUACCCCAAUUUUGACUCUUGGCAUGGUUAGCUUGUAUGCAGUUAACGCUAAUUAGUCUCAAAGCCACGUGUGAAGGAGUCUGUGAAACACAAUACGCAGCCUUAUGCUGGUGUUUACUUGCUUUCCAAAAAGCACAUACUCACUUGCUCAUGUCCCUCAGAAAUUUAUGAAACUGAGCACAUUGACCACGUGAGGGAGAUUUAAUGAACGCUUUCAGAGUAAGUCCAUUGGCUGCUUCUCAAAGUCCUGGUCCUUCCCCUGUCUGCUGUUCCAUGAAUCCAGAUCUGUACUUCAUGUAUCAGAGCAAUAUAUUAGCACACACUGGAUGUCACUGAAUUUGCAGUCUUUCAUAAAAGGGAAAUACUGGGAAGCCUAAUGAGAAAUUAAAACUCACUGAGACUUCUGUCCUUAAGGUAAGCAGGUUCUAAAACGCACGGCUCUGGAUGAAAACACUGGUAAGCAGUGUCCUGUUUGGGUUAAGUGUUGUGAUGACAUUCAAGUUCUCAUUGCCAGAGAGAUCUGUGGUUUCAAGUUAUGUUAAAACAGGACAGAACAUGUUAACUGAGACAUUGGAUUAGAUUGUAUUUGCUGUUGAGAUGGAUGCAACUGACAGGAUAAAACUUCCUAGAAUAAAUAUUUAGGAAUUCUUAGAGCAUUACAGUAGCGGUUGCAUUUGAUGCUCUGGGAAAUGUUUGUGUGAAGUUGUGCUUAAAAAACCUUUUAUUAGCAGCAAAGUGCACCAACCCAUGGAUCUGAGUCAGGUAUUUCCUUCGGAAUGAGGAGGGCAAUAACAGUGCAUGUCUAAAACCAAGGAAUUACCGUGAGAAUUUACUGCUUUCCAUUUUUCAAAGUAAUUGUUUCUGAAGUAUGUUUUUAAGAUAUGCUGUUCACAACAUGAAGUUUACAGAAGGUCAGUAUUUAGAUAAAGGACUCGUCUAAUAGUAAUUAUGUCACAGAGUCUUUCUCUGUGCCUGACCUGGACCCCUGUCAGGGCUUGUAAGUUACUGCUGAGCCCAAGCUGUACAGAAAUCACUGUUGGUUUUGGGGAUCCCUGUUCAUUUUUUCUUCAGCUCAUGUGGCUGCGAUACACGUGUAUUUACAUGUUUGUACUGUGCCUUUUUUCUCUUUCUCUUUAGUAGCAAUUGGACAUGAUCACUGUUACCCAGGUUCCUAAAGUACAGUCUAAAGCCUGGGCAGACUGCACCCUCCCAGAACAGCCCCAAAAUCACCAGGAGAUACUUAGGUGGGAGGAAGCUGAAAUGUUUAAAAUGUGUGAAUGUGCAGUGUUAAAACCUAUUACGCUUUCCUUUUAUUUGUUCAUAAACUCAGAUACAGAAGUCUGCUCAUAACACAGUAGACCUGUAAUACCUAAUGGGUUUCAGUCACACUUUAUAUUGAAGUUCCAUUUAAAAUGCUUUACAAGGAGUUAAUAAACUAUUGCUGGACUUUACGAGUAUUUUUUUCAGAUGUGGGUGUCAGUUGUAACAGAUGGCUAACAAGCAGCUCAUUCAGAAGAAGGUGGUAUAGAUUAUCAAAAGCAACUUCUAAAUUUUUAAGUGAUUUUUAAAUGAUUGAUUAAUCUCUUGUUAAUAUAAUUCAUUAUGCUUUAUAACUGCAAUGGAAACAGUGCACGUGACCCAGAUUCCUUUCGCAGUUAGUUCCUUCUUCCUAAGCCAAAGUUAACAUGAGAAGCAUCAGUGAAAGAAAAAUGCUGUAUUUGGAGAUUGCGUUGCUUAUUUCUUAGUGCAUCUGAAUAGGCCAAGUGAAGUCUUCAGGGUCAUCGUUUCUAAAAUCACAAAACUCAUUAUAUGAGCAGUAUCACCUGGUAGAGAAAACGUUGAGGAGAGAUGCUUAGCAUGGGUUUGUGCACCAUUUGACUGCAGAUCAAAGCAGUCUGCUGAGGCAAUAUACAUACAGGUAUAUUCAGGGUAAUCUACUUCUCUUGUGAUGAUGAAUGUGUAGAUAUCAAAAAAUGCACAGCACAGAUCUGACAAAAUACUGCCCUCCAACUCCCUGACUCUGCAAACAAUUAAACUGGUGCUCAACUUCACCAAUAUGAAUAGUCUUCCUGACAUCAAGGAGACUGCUUAUUUUCAGAAACUUAACUGUUAAGAAACUUAGCAUAGAUGUUGGUGGGAUGGAGGCCAGAGCCCUUCAGCCAGUGCUUGUUCUCGAGCUGCCUGUCGCUUCUCUUCCAGUGAGAGAACGGAUGAGAAUCGUGCCCAAGGAGGAGCAGGGGGAUGCUUUAGGCCUUUGUGGGCUAAAUCUGCUGUCCUCUGAAAUCUGCAGACAGAAUGCCAUUAGUAGAGGGGGCCUUACAUAAGGUGCUUCACGGACACAUAAAAUACUUGCAAGCUGGAUGUGAGAGCAGAGUAUGAGCUAGCAGAGAACUAAGGUCUUCAUAACACUGGGAAUGCUCUGCAGUUAGAAACCUGUGUGUUGAUAGAUAUCGCAAUGAUCUCAGACAGACAGAGGUCCAGAGAAGCAAAGUAACUGAUGCUGAUUGUAGAUGGCUUUGCAGCUUUGUGUACUUCAAGUCUCUGUCAGUGUAUUUGAAGCGUAUUUGUUUUAAGGUACGACAGCUUACAGAGAGAUCACCAAACGGUACACAGCAUGGAACUUAAACUAUUUCGGUAUCAGGCACUAAUCCCUCUUUUGAUUUGCACAUUAAUUUCCUAUGUACGUGACUAAAAAUACUGUAUUGUUAUAAAUGAGAGGAAAAAACCACAGUGGUGUUUGUAAGUAUGUUCUGUUUGUAGACUUAAGGCUGUAUUAUGUUGGAAUUUUACAAGCCAAGUUUAAACUGUAAUAUAGAAAUUAUUUUUAUAUUAUUUUCAAAAUAUGCUACAGAGCAAUAUUUUGCGCCUUUAUUAUAAACAGGGUCAUCAUUUUAGUAGGUUACCUUCCAAAGUGCUGGUAGAAAUUAACCACGAAAAGAAAGCUUUGUAAAAAUGUGUGUGUUGUUUCUAACUGCUGUCUGUUGUGCACAUCUAUGUCUAAUGAGAGUUGAAUAUACAGUUUUUUUUUCUUAAUUGAAAAGCUUUAAAUUUUUCUUUAUAUGUUUUGGUAAAACUCUCCUUCCACUCUUCCUUCUGAUCCCUACCAACAGCCACUUUUAUAAGCAGCUUAUGAAUAAACAUUCAUCUGGAAAGUUUUCUUACCAAAUGAAGCAUUUCUGCACCGGUACUGAUUGACCCGGGGUGUUGAUAACAUGCUCUGCAUCCACUGAUGUACGUCAGUUUUGCUUUUUAGAAGGAUGCAAUCUUGGAUUUACUGUUCCUUGCAAAUGAAAAUCACGCCUUAGUAAUCAGCGCAAUGAUUUAGCAUCCGUGGGAAGAAAAUCACUAUAGAUCAUCGAAAUGUCAUCUUGUAGUUGGCAGAUGCGUUGUAUCUGAAUAUAUAUGAAAUGUGUUGCCUCCCUGCAGAUUAAGGUGUGCAGAUUUCAUUUCUGCAUGGGUUUUUGUACUGUACAUCUCAGUUACUUGUGAGUCAUGCCAAAAAGGCUUUACGAACUGAGGCACGUUUUUAGUUGGGAGUCAGUAUAGAUUUUAAAAUUCUUCUAACUUUUGUGAUUUAGUUUGUUGGCUUUUUUGUUUCUUUUUAUGACUUUCCUAUUAAGUUAUCUACUCCAACCAAAAAAGCAGAAUCUGGAUGCCUAAUGAGAGGUUUCUGCAUCUAGUUUUCUCCUAACAAACAGGCUGGUUUGAAGAUGGACUGAGCAUCAGUUUCUGGGGGAGCACGAGCUCUGGGUUCCAGAAAAUCAGGGGAGCAUUACUCCAACACAUAUUCAGGGUUUUCCUUUAUUUUUCUGCUUAUUUUUACUCAGUGGAAAUUGCAUUUUAUCUUUGGUGAUUUUUCCAUGUGUGAACAAAUAAUUGAGCUUAUUCAUAAGGUGAUUGCUUGCCUACGGAGAGACUUGCUUUGUACCAAAAGACCAUAUUGUUAUACAUUAAUCUACUGCAGUCAAAACAGGGCUGGUGUAUUCCUCUGAUGUUCUUGGGUAGUGUACUCGCUCUGAUUUUUUUCCUCUCAAGUAAAUACGCUGUUCUGAUUGCUGUUUUAUCUCCCAUUACCUGAAGGCAUGUACUGUAUCAAGAGAAUUGAAGUGGCUGAUGCACAUUUGCACUGUGGAGCACGGGAUAUGGGUAAAAGCCACCGGGUUCCAAACAGCCUUAAAAUUACGACUCUGUGGGGACCAGGAGUCACUUAGCUGGAUGCAGCCUCUGCCCCACUUCUCAUUUAGCCAUGGCUGUAAAGCAUUCUAGCUUGCUGUACUCUGCAUAAGUGUCUGCAUAUUCAUCCAAGCAACCUGUCACUUUAAACGACGUUUUUCUUUAAAAACGUACAGUUCUUUGAUAAGCGUCCCCAUGUCAGAAGACCUUACUCAGCAGAGGCGACAAGAGUUGAAACAGAUGAAUGUUGGGCAGUGCAGUAACCGUGGCACCACAGUGCUGCAGAAGGGGAGGUUAGGUUGUGUCAGGAGCCAUUUCCUUUCAAGACUGGAAGCGCAGAUCUUUGUGCAUUCUGGGAAAGCAGAGGCCUGUUGCUUUGCCGUUGAUCUCUGCGUGCUGUAGCCUUUUGCUUUGAUGCAGAGGUUUAGCCUUCGCCAAAAAGCAGAUUCUGUAGAGACAGCAGCAUCUGAGAUUACAGAAGUGUGAACCAGUGUUAGAACUAGACAGUGCCUAAGGUGCCCUCUGUGAGUGCUGCAUAUUUCAUUUUCCUAUUUUCCUUUUCCCCUUUCUUUAUCCUUCCUUUUUUUUUUUUUUUUUUUAAGUGUGAAAUCAAAAACAUGAGAACUGGUAUGAUAAUGACUUCUUUUGUUCAUGUGCAAAAUCAACGCAAACAUGACAUUAAGGCUGGGGCUGCACCUUCAGGGAGCCAAGAGGUGAAAGGCACCUUUUGAGGUAAAUCAAUGGACUUGCUUUGCCGUAGAAUGAAGUUGGGAUCCUUCAGCAUAGAACCUUUGCCCAGUGAAGCCUGGCAGUGUGUCAGAAGCCUGAGAGCCACGGCUGACCCAGACCGAACACAGUUCCUUCUGGCCUGUGGUGGCUGAGCGGUGCCUGCAGUGCAGAUGGUAUGGAACACUGCCUUGUUGUCAUUGCCUCCAGGUUUAACUAACACAAAACCUCUUCCCAGUGCUUUUGUUUAAAAUAUGCAGGAGAUGUCACAGCAAACUGUGGUGUCUCAGGCUAGGAGAGUGCCCGGCGUCUCCUUGUAGCAGGCUUGCAAUCAGGUAUAAAUUGAAAUACAGCCAUGUAGGCGUGGUAAAAGCGCUCUUGUCUCUACAGUUUGCAAACUGUGUGCACUUAUGUUUUAAUACUAGCAGAAAUCAGGCAGUGAUUUUAUUAUUUAAUUGUUCGAGGUUCCAAGUACUGUAAAUACAGUCUUUGUACUAUGCACGUACAGUACACAGAAUGCUUUCCCUUGGAGCCUCUCAAGGAGUGUUGCAUGUACAUAAUAUCAAUCUCAAUUGCUUCAACAUAAACCAAGGAAAAGAAACAGGGCUUAAGGCCAGGUUAAAUAAUGAAUGGAAUCAGACCCUCAGACCUGAGCAGCAAGGAGUUCCCAACCGUAGUAAUCGAGGUCAGCUUUGACAGUUUUGUAUAAAACUCUGUCCAAACGAUCUAGAUUAGGUCUGUGCUCUUUCCUGGGGAGGAGCAAUUACUUCGUGUCUUUUUCAAGCCCAUUGCUCUUAACUCUGGGAACUCUGUGUUGCGUUCGUGAUGUGCCAGCCUUAUCAUGAUUCAGCUAUGAAACAGUUUUUCAAAACUGUACAACUCUUGCAUUCCUAUUGGAAUCAGUCUAGAGCUUUAUUUUGCAUUCAAUUUUAAGAAAUAAGAUACUGUUACGAACUUCUUGUAAUGUCUCAAAAUUAACUUUUGCAUGGCAGAGAGGCAAUGUUCUCCUUGGAAGGCUUUGUUCCUCCUCACUGAUUCUUGUGACUGAUGUGUUCGUGUGGAAAAAGUUGAAUGAGAUGUUGAAAACAUUGGUGCAGUUCAUCUGUAUUUCUGACAUUCAGUAUGCUUUGUGUUACACAAUUCUGUGUUAAAACAUAAUGCCUUUCAGAUAAGGGAACAUCUGGUAGGACAGUCCAAACUAUCAUGCCCAAAGGGUAUGAGUAGCUAAUUGAUCACAACUUCACUAUUGUAUAAUUUGCCCUCCCCUUUUAUAUUCUGCUUCCUAGACAAGUCUGAAAGCUCUUUGUUCUCAUUUGGGCAGGAUAACUUUUUAAGCUUCUGCUAGGUUUUCCUUCUCUGUUCAGUUCGCAUACAGAGUAGCUUGUUUCUACAAACAAGAUUUGAAAUAGCACAGAUGUCACACUCCAUUUAUAGAAGUUCAUUUACUCAUUAAUUGAGAGUGUCUCUUCAAUUAUAACUAUAGCUAUUCAUAUAAAAUGAAGAAAAAAUCAGGACAGGUAAUGUGACUCUUUCUAAGAACCUGGCAAACCAAGAUUUGUUAAAACUGAAGCAAUGUGUUUGCACCUUCACUAUACAUCUCAAAGAAGGGUAGUUGGCUCUCACCAUUGCUUAAAUAAACAUUAGUAAGGAAUGAAGCAAGCCUCGCUGAUUUUUGCUGGUUAAGAAUUCGACUUCUUGGUGUAGUGGAACCAACCUUUUUUUUCAGAGCUUGUGUUUCAGUUUCUUAUGGUCUUCUAUAUAUUUAUACUCUUCUAGCAAAGAUUGAUUUAGGAUUUCAAAGAACAGUAUAGUAAGGCGUAUCUGAAAUUAUGUAAAGCUGAAAAGCCUUCUUAGGUUUCUCUGUAUUUGAUCGUUUUCAUGCAAAACUUCUAUUACGUGUGAAAGAAAUGAAUUUGUCUUUUCCCAUUGCCUUCCCCAGUCAUAGUUCCAAGGUGUGGUUGGUUGGAGUCACUUUUGCCUGCAAUGAAAAUUUUGGUCGUUUUUAAGCUGACUGCCAUAUAUUUCAAUCUGUUGUUCAAAGGAAAUGAGCAUUCAGUAAUGUUAGAGGAUAAUGAGUGUGUUUUGUUGUGAAAAGUGUGAGUUCUUGGGAACCUUUUCUACAUGCAGUUUUCAUUCUAAUUCAAUUUAAAUGUCAUUUUUAAUCUGAUCCAUACUUUGACAAAGAUGAUGUGUAAGAGCUGUUUUUAGCAGUUGGGUUGUUCCUUUGUAAAGUAUUAAAGCACUAAACCAAUUUUUGCAAUAGGUAGUAAAACUUGCUUAUGUUUUGAAAAACUUCCAGUUAUAACUGUCGCACUUUUUAUAGCAGAACUGUAUUUAAUUUCUUUCUUUUAUGAAAGAUUACUCCAAGUAACUGAUAGCUCUGUAAUCUGUGUGAAUUGACUUCUCCAUUAUUUGAAACAGAGAGAAGCUAUAAUGCCUAUUCAAUAAAAUUAACUUAUUUCUAAAGUA